AUGGCGCUCGCCGCCCCUUCUUCCCUCCGCCGCCUCCCGACCACGCCACCGCAUGUGCCGUCUCCGCCCUGUGCCUCCCGCCUCCGCUCGCGCCCUCUGCGAGAGCCCCGUCUCUGCCAUAGACUCGUCGCCGCCGCCGCCGCGGCGGCCACCGCUCCACUCGCAUCCUCGUCCACCACCGUGGCCGUGGAGGAGCGCGGUGCGGGGGAGGGGACGCCGCUAGAUCUCGCGGCGCUCGAUGGCACCUGGAGGCUGUGUUACACAUCGGCGUCAGACGUGCUUGUGCUGUUCGAGGCGGCCGAGAGGCUUCCACCCCUGCAGGUGGGGCAAAUAUACCAGAAAUUUGAGUGCAAAAAUCGAUCAGAUGGUGGAAUUGUGAGGAAUGUUGUAAGGUGGAGCAUCGAGAACUUGCUGGAGGAGGAAGAAGGUGCAACACUGAUGGUCUCUGCGAAGUUUGUUGUCCUGUCUAAACGCAAUAUCUUUCUUCAAUUUGAGGAGGUCGCUGUUGAAAACAUCAAGAUUAGCGAGCAACUGCAGGCACUAAUAGCUCCUGCUAUACUUCCUCGGUCAUUUUUGAGCCUUCAGAUAUUGCAGUUCCUUAAAACCUUUCGAGCUCAAGUUCCUGUUAGUGGUCCUGAAAGACGAUCACCUGGAGGAUUAUAUUAUCUUUCCUACCUUGACCGUGAUAUGCUCCUGGGUCGUUCAGUUGGUGGUGGGGGAGUAUUUGUUUUCACAAAGGCACAACCUCUUACAUAA